AGAGCUGAGAGCAGGGUUACCGCGCCCAUCGCUGCUGUUUGAGGGCAGUAGGAAGAGUUUGAGAUAUUACUUGUGUGAAUAAGUAGUGAAUAGGGGAACGGUGGGAAAGACAAGGACAGAAGAUUGGAAAGAGGUUGUUGUGAGUUAGAAGACCGUCCCUAGACUCAAACUCAUUGCUGUUCCACAAAGGAGUUGGUAGGGUUAACAUUGCCUCAUCAUUGUGCUGGUGUGUCUCCCCUUGGCGGAUCGAAAGCUGGGUUCGGGGAGUGCCGCUCCUCGAUAGCUUGCUAGCUCUAGUCUGUGUGCUAGUAGGCGGAGAGGAGUCGAUCUUCGCUGUUUCCAGUCAAUGCGAUAUAAACAACGGAUACCCUCGACUGAAAACGGAUCAGCACGAGUCCCGGCGGCGGAGCGAAGCACCCCAUUAGCAGAGGAAAAUGAGCGAACUAGACCAGCUACGCCAGGAGGCCGAGCAGCUCAAGAACCAGAUCAGAGAUGCCAGGAAAGCGUGUGCGGAUGCUACCUUGUCUCAGAUCACAGCAAACAUCGACCCAAUUGGCCGAAUUCAGAUGCGCACUAGAAGGACACUGAGGGGGCAUCUGGCUAAAAUCUAUGCCAUGCACUGGGGCACUGACUCGAGGCUUUUAGUCAGUGCCUCCCAGGAUGGUAAACUCAUUAUUUGGGACAGCUACACCACAAACAAGGUCCACGCCAUCCCACUGCGCUCCUCCUGGGUGAUGACGUGCGCCUACGCCCCCUCUGGGAACUACGUGGCCUGCGGAGGCCUAGACAACAUCUGCUCCAUCUACAACCUCAAGACCCGCGAGGGCAACGUGCGUGUCAGCCGUGAGCUGGCCGGACACACAGGUUACCUGUCCUGCUGUCGCUUCGUGGAUGACAGCCAGAUUGUCACCAGCUCUGGAGACACCACCUGUGCUCUCUGGGACAUUGAGACGGGCCAGCAGACGACCACGUUCGCCGGCCACACCGGUGACGUCAUGAGCCUGUCGCUGGCGCCCGACACCCGGCUGUUUGUGUCCGGGGCAUGUGACGCCUCCGCAAAGCUCUGGGACGUCAGAGAAGGAAUGUGCCGACAGACCUUCACCGGACACGAGUCGGACAUUAAUGCCAUCUGCUUCUUCCCCAACGGCAACGCCUUUGCCACGGGAUCGGACGACGCCACCUGCAGGCUGUUUGACCUGCGCGCUGACCAGGAGCUGAUGGUCUAUUCCCACGACAACAUCAUCUGCGGCAUCACCUCGGUGGCUUUCUCCAAGAGUGGCCGCCUGUUGCUCGCCGGCUACGAUGACUUCAACUGCAACGUGUGGGACAGCCUCAAGGCCGACCGUGCAGGUGUCCUGGCUGGACAUGACAACCGUGUCAGCUGCUUGGGUGUGACCGACGACGGCAUGGCCGUGGCAACAGGGUCCUGGGACAGCUUCCUCAAGAUCUGGAACUAGAUUCUGAAGAUGGUGUCCGGACUCAAGUUGAGUGGAAGACCAUUCCAACAUAAAAAUGUUCAAUUUUUUGCAUAUCCAAUUUUCUCAAAACAUCACUAUACUGACUCCCAACACCCCAAAAAACCAAGGGCAAAAAUUCUCUCCUCUAAAAGAGCACAAUUGUUUAUCACUCAGCUAAAAAAGAUGAGGAUUUGCAGUGGUAUGAAAUGGAAUGGGAAAGAAAUUGUGCGUUCCUCCUGGGACCAUUUUCUGAUAUUGUGUUGAAUGAAAAUACAUUCACCACCACGCAAAUAUCAUCCAUCUUCAAUACACAGGUUUGAGUGAAGGUCAUUUACACAACGAUGAUCGAACUCUUGAUAGAUUUUUGGCCAGCCAUGUUUAUUUUAUUUUUCGGUCAUGUUACUUUCCUUUUUUUUCUUUUUUUCCCCCAGAACUAGAUCAGUGGCCUCCUGUUGGUAAAUUGAGGAUCAAAAGCUUUGUUUUUUUCUGUUAGUCUUGAUAUAUUUUAGAAUCAAGUUUUGUAGGUUGGAAAUAAAAAUUACAAAUGAUCAUGUCAUUUUAAUCCAGCUUUAUCACAUCAGAAAAAAGGGCAAGAGAAUUGAGCUUCAACAGGGCCAUGAGCCACCGACAGGGUCUGGCCAUUCUGAAUAUUUAGUCCCAAGAUGCUUUACUCAGUUUUUUGGGGGUUUCUGUCUAGUCAAGAAUUUGUUUGUGCACAAUUUUACUUUGCAUAUGCAGAAUAAUGUUUAAAGAGAAGUUAACUAACCAAGCACAUGCUGUUUGUGAUAAUGAAUGCUAAUUUUAAACAAAUCAAAACUUUUUUUUUUUUCUCUUCACCUUUUGUUUGGUGACAAUGUAGAAUAAUGAAAUGAAGAAUCCCAUCGGUUCACUUUAUUUUAUUUCCCUUUUCUGUUGACUGUGGUUGGGACCGGUGACGUGAUUUGGUUGGGUAGGGAAGCCUCCACUUAUACCCCGGUUUCUUUCCGGAGUUUCGAGAGGAACCCAUUCUGUGCUUGGAAAUGCAGUUAUUACUCUGAACGACAUGUUGUAUAAAUCAAUGUUCGAAAAUAAUGAUAUUGAAACUUUUUAAGUAAAAAAAAUAUAAAAAAAGUUGUCUGCCAUGGGUGGGUUAACUCUUAGGAUCGCAUGCUGUAGAAUUGCUUAAAAAGAGGUGCAUAUGGAACUAAGUCCUUUUGAUGUUUUUCUUUUUAAGAAAAUAACCUGUUAAAUAUAUCAUAAUUACAAUGGUAUUUAUAUUGUUUUUGGCUAAUCUGUGCAUAAAUAAUUCAAUUAAAAUGUCAAAGCUAUGCACUUGAGAGCAGCAAACACCAUAACAUAAACAGUUACCUGGUCUUAUAUCCAUACUUGGGAAGGAUUGCUUGAUUUAAAAGUAAUGUAAACAUUUAAAACACAUAUGCACGCACAGACACACAAAUGGAACAAAGAAAUGUUAAUUUCUUCUGUAGCAAACAAAUUCCAGUGACAAAAAAAAUAAACAUUUUGUAACAAACAGGUUUUUUUCUGUCCUUUAAUAAUAAAAAAGAAGGAACUUGCAGCAUCUGAAUGGCAGAAUGUUCUGUGCCCCUCUCCUUGCAAACAGACUCUUUCUUUAGCAGUAGUGGCAUUUUUUCCAUUCUGUUUUCUCUGCGACAUUCUGUACAAAAAUGUUCUGUAAUUGUGCGUUAGGCGUGGAGUCGGCAAUAAAAAUAAAAAAAUAUUAAAUGAAUUUCCCUUUCCUUUUUCUCUCCAUGAAAUAACUGUAGAUCUCUACACCCCCACUGUUCCCUUCUCACCUUUUUUGUAUUUAAUUUUAGACUGUACAACUGAAAGCUGGAUGCAAGAUAGACUCUAUAUUAAAAUGUAUUGUUAUUUAAGAUAUAAUAAAAUGCCAUUUGAGAUGUG